ACAAAGUCCCUGGCAAUGGCACACACAGGCUGCUUGGGUAGAAAGAAAACUGCACCUCAGGAUGGAAAAACAACCAAGCAGGGUGGAGGAAAAUGGGCCUUGCCUGAUCUUCCCCUCCCCCAGGCAGUGGCUAGCCCUGUUUGCCUCUUGCCUCCUGGUCAGCAUCACCUGACUCUACCUUGGACAAACCUCGCAGACAGGACAGAGGGCAAGGUCCAACUGCAAGGCCCCGGCUCCCCCACCCCUGUCUGUCCACAUCCCCAGGGCAGCUCUGAGGUCACCGUGAGAACCCUGCCUCCUUCCAGGGUCGGGGGCCGGGGAUCAGGAGGGUCCUGGUGGGUGGAGACCAAAGAAAGUGCAACAGGUUCCCAGGACGGGUGGCCCCAGUCCUGUGUGGUCAGCUGCCAGAGUGGGCGCAGUCACCAUGUGUCCAGAGGGGACACACAGCUAGGACCUUGCCUGCCUGCGCUGGGUUUGGUGAUACACAUGGGAAGUGUUUGCAUUCUUGGAGGACAAGCGGCAGGUACCUGCACCCACCAUGGGGCCAUCCUGGAAGGAGCGGAUCUUUAUGGUCCUUCUCGGGGUCGCCACAGCCUCAGGCCUCACUGUGCUCAUCCUUAUCCUGGUGGAGGCAACCAGUGUCCUACUGCCUGCAAAGACCAAGGGCCUGGGAUCUCCUCCUACACCUUGGACCCCUCACAGGCGGGCGAGAGUCUCAGGACCUGCCUGGAGAAGGCGCUGGCACUGGUGCCAAGAGCCCAGCACAGGCAGACACCCGUGUUCCUGGGGGCCACAGCUGGCAUGAGGCUGCUUAGACAGAAGAACAGUUCCCAGGCGGAGGACAUCCUUGUAGCUGUCUCCCAGGUCCUGAGCCAGUCACCUCUGGAUUUUUGGGGUGCUGAGGUGCUGGCUGGACAGGAUGAAGGUGCCUUUGGCUGGAUCACUGUCAACUACCUGCUGGGAAGGCUCAUCCAGUACUCUUCUGGACAGUGGACUCAGCCUGCUGAGGGGAUGCUGGUGGGUGCCCUGGACAUGGGGGGCGCCUCCACCCAGAUCUGUUUCGCACCCCGUGGCCCCAUCUUGGACCAGAGCAGCCAGGCCAUCUUCCGCCUCUAUGGCACCAACUACAGCAUCUAUACACACAGCCACCUCUGCUUCGGGCGUGACCAAGCACUACUCAGGCUCCUGGCCAGGCUGCUGCAGAGCAGCCGGACCACCCUGCUGCGACACCCGUGCUACCACAGUGGCUACCAGACCACCCUGCCCCUGGCCACCCUGUCUGAGUCGCCCUGCAUUCACACUGCGGAGCCCCUGGACCCUACACAGAACCUCACAGUUGAGGGCACAGGCAACCCUGGGGCCUGCGUGGCAGCCAUCCGUGGGCUCUUCAACUUCAGUUGCCAGGACGAGGGAGACUGCGCCUUCAACGGGGUCUACCAGCCCCCCGUGCAGGGGCAAUUCUACGCCUUCUCCGGCUUCUACUACACCUUCCACUUCCUCAACCUCACCUCCAGGCAGCCACUGGGCACUGUGAAUGCCUCGAUCUGGGACUUCUGCCAGAGGUCCUGGUGGCAGGUGAAGUCCAGCUACCCUGGGCAGGAGCGCUGGUUGCCGGACUACUGUGCCUCAGGGCUAUACAUCCUCACGCUGCUGCGAGAUGGCUACGGCUUCCAAGAGGAGACCUGGCCCAGCAUUGAGUUCCAGCAGCAGGCCAGCGGCACUGACAUAGGCUGGACACUGGGCUACAUGCUGAACCUCACCGGCAUGAUCCCAGCCGAGGUGCCAGUUGAGUGGCGGGCACAGAGCUACAAGGUCUGGGUGGCUGGAGUGGCAUUUGUAGUGCUGACCCUGGCGGCUAUUCUCGGGGCUGCCGCAGUCCAUUUCCUAUGGCUCCAGGACUAGGCCAGGCCUUACCAAGACAGACUGUGAUGGCUGCAGCUGCAACCCAUGAACAUCUGUCACCCACACCCAAGUAGCCUGGGUCAGUGGGUAGUGCUUGAGGGAAGAGCCUGGACACCACCCUGACUCCUCCACCCCCAGCCACUGGGCAGCUGGGCCUUCCUACACCAACCAGCCAACCCUGCAGCACCCCAAAGUGGCCACUGGGCCCUCUGUGCCCCCUGGUGAUCAGAGGACCUAUAGAAGUGGCACCAUGGGCCACACCUUUCCAGGAAUGUGCUGGGCUCCUGUCCACGCCAAGUCCACAACACAGAACACGCUGGCACCAUUUUUAUUAAACCCUCUGAAUGGA